AUGGCCGAAACCGGUCCAUUUACAACAAGUACAGCUUUUUGUGCAAAAUGUGGUUCAAUAUUGCCUUUAUUACAAGAGUUUGGCUCUGUUAAAUGCUAUGCUUGCAAAGCUUCCUAUGAUCCAGACAGUUACAGCAAUAUUAAGUUCAAUUACACAAUACAUUUUAACACAGUUUCUGCAUUGAGUAAUGAUAAAAUUCUACAUAUGGACAACCCAGAGGGGCCUGUUGUUGAACGAAAGUGUCCGAAAUGUGGUAAUGAUAGAAUGUCCUAUGCAACGCUACAGUUGAGAUCUGCCGAUGAAGGGCAAACUGUGUUUUACACCUGUAUAUCUUGCAAAUACAAAGAAACGGAGAAUUCAUAG